CCGAGCCUGGUGGGCUGCCCGGACCCCGGUGGGAGCAGGCGGAUCCUCGGCCGGCGGGCGAGUGGGCGCCGACGGAGCCGCCCUUCACAUGCACAAGAUGUUCUCCCGGAGGGGACACGCCGACGUGAGGAAGUCUACCCAGAAAGCGCUGGACCCGCGGAAGGACGUCCUGACUCGCCUCAAGCACCUCAGGGCGCUGAUGGAUGCUGUGGAUGGAAGUGAACUUAAACCAUUUUUUGAGAGUAAUUAUUCUCAAAUUUAUUUUAUCUUCUAUGAAAAUUUUAUAACACUGGAAACUAGCUUGAAACAAAAAGGGAACAGAGCGCAAAGGGAGGAGCUGGACUCCGUCCUCUUUCUUUUCGAAAGAAUAUUACAGCUACUACCAGAAAGAAUUUUCUUUCGGUGGCAUUUCCACAGUAUAGGGUCAGUUUUGAAGAAACUUUUGCACACUGGGAACUGUCUUAAGAUAAGAUGUGAAGGAAUCCGCUUGUUUCUCCUUUGGCUGCAAGCUCUCCAGACCAAUUGUGCGGAAGAGCAACUCUUAACCUUCGCCUGCCUUGUUCCUGGCUUUCCUGCAGUGAUGUCUUCAAGCGGUCCGUGUACACUGGAUACCCUCAUUAGCCCACCUCUCGGCUUGCCCGACGCAAAGAUUUAUCCUGAGGAAAUAACCCCGCUUAUACCACUUGCUUCGGGUGAAAAAAUUGCCGAAGACUCAACCUGCUACUUUCUUCAGAUAUUGUUAAAAUACAUGGUAAUCCAGGCUGCAAGCUUGGAAUGGAAGAAUAAGGAGAACCGUGAUACUGGGUUUAAGUUUCUCUUUGCCUUGUUCCGGCAGUAUUAUCUUCCUCAUUUAUUUCCAUCUUUUACAAAAUUAACCAACCUCUACAAACCUGUGCUUGAUAUCCCUGGCCUGCGACCCAAGCCAGCGUAUAUUAGUACAACUUGUAACAAUGAAAAUGUUUACAGCACAAAAAUCCCCUAUAUGGCUGCUCGUGUAGCUUUUAUUAAGUGGCUGGUGAACUUUUUUCUGGAGAAGAAGUAUUUCACAGCUACACAGAACUCAAAAAAUGGAGGAGAGGUUUUGCCCAGGAUCGUUCAAACUGUGGGGGGCACAGGGCAAGACAAAAACCCUGAAGUGCAGAACAGCACCCCAUCAGAUCUGGAAAAAAAUUCAAACCACACCCUCUUGCUGGAGAGGAGACUCAGCGAUUCCAGCUUCUGCAGCAUAGAAGAGCAGCAUCGGGCGGUGUAUGAGAUGGUGCAGCAAGUUCUCCUGUCUACGCGAGGCUAUGUCAAUUUUGUCAAUGAAGUAUUCCGCCAGGCUUUUUUACUACCUUCGUCAGAGAUAUCUUCAACUGAGAAGGUAAUGAAGGUCUACAGGAAGUGGAUUCUGCAAGAAAAGCCGGUGUUUAUGGAAGAGCCAGAUGUGAAAGAAGCUGUUCAAGAGGAUGAAAGCGCCUUGGAUCUUUCACCAGCAGAGACAGAUGGCAAACAUCUUACAUCUGGCCAGUCUGGACAUAAAAGAUCUUCCAGUUGGGGAAGAACCCACUCCUUCUCUAAUGCUGUUAGCAGAGGAUGUAUAUUAGAAGAGGAGAAUAAGAACAUUAAAGCAGGUGUUCAAGCUACGCUACAGGUGUUCCUGACAAACUCCGCAAACGUUUUUUUGCUGGAGCCCUGUACUGAAAUUCCAGCACUCUUGAAGGAGCAAGUCGAUGCUUGCCGAGCAGUCUUGAGUAUUUUUAGACGCAUGAUAAUGGAACUGCCCAUGAACAAAAAAACCUGGGAGCAAAUGUUACAAAUACUUCUUAGGAUAACAGAAGCCAUCAUGCACAAGCCAAAGGAUAACCAAAUUAAGGACCUGUUUGCGCAAAGUUUAGCAGGAUUAUUAUUCCGGACUUUGAUUGUGGCUUGGAUCCGAGCAAACCUGAGCGUUUACAUUUCUCGAGAACUGUGGGAUGAGUUGCUCCGUGUGCUGUCCUCCCUUACAGACUGGGAGGAGCUGAUAACGGAGUGGGCUAACAUAAUGGAUUCGCUGACAUCUGUUUUGGCAAGAACAGUGUAUGGAGUUGAAAUGACCAAUUUACCACUGGAUAAGCUAAGUGAGCAAAAAGAGAAGAUACAAAGAGGGAAAGGGGGCGUUUUAGAAACUCAGAAGACAGUUACAGUCGGCAGAUCGUUUUCUUUAAGCUGGAGGAAUCAUCCUGAAGUUGUAGAACCAAUGAGGUUUCGGAGUGCUACCACCUCAGGGGUCCCAGGAGUUGAGAAAGCAAGGAAUGUGGUACGGCAGAGAGCCACAGAAGUAGAAGAGUAUCAGCAGCCAGAAUAUGGAGCAGAAACUGAGUACCAGCAGCCAGAAGAUUAUGCAGGAACGGAAUGCAACGGUCAAUUUUUAGACCAGGAACAGUACUUAACUCGAAGCAGCAGCACCUCUGAUGUUAGAGACCAGUACAAUCCUGAUAUUUUCCAAGUUAGAAAAACAGAAAGUUCCCAGAAUUUAACUUCAGAUUCCAAGUGUGUUCAAGAGGUUAAGGGGACAACGAAUAAGGGCAGUCCCAUCCAACAAGCAGGGGAUGGUCCAGCUGAAUUAGAUCCCAAAGCUGACCUGCAGCAUUUGCAUGGAAGUCAUAAGGAAAGAGAAAAGACUGAAAGCGUGAGCAGUGACACAUCCAUUGGAUGCAACUGUGACGUAGACAUCACUCUGGCUCCUUGGCAAGCUUGUGAAGAGGACCAUGAUGCCAACAUACCAGCGGAUAUAUCUGUUGAUCCAGACGCGCGCCACUGGUUGCCCUUGAGUCCUUCGGAUGGCACAAAUUUAACAGACAGCAGUGAAUUCCUUGCUGAUGACUGCAGUAUAAUUGCUGGUGGGAAUCUCAUCGGGUGGCAUCCCGAUUCUGCUGCCGUAUUGUGGCGACGAAUAUUGGGAAUUCUCGGAGACGUGAACAAUGUUCAGUCUCCUAAAAUACACGCCAGGAUUUUUGAGUAUCUUUAUGUGCUGUGGUACAAAUUGGCAAAGAUAAGAGACAAUCUCGCUAUCAGUCUGGAUAACCAAUCAACUCCAUCACCUCCCACUUUAAUUCCACCACUCAGAAUAUUUGCAUCAUGGUUGUUUAAGGCUACAACUUUACCAGAUGAAUAUAAGGAAGGGAAGCUACAUGCAUACAAGUUGGUAUGUGCCAUGAUGACCAGGCGCCAAGAUGUUGUGCCAAAUCCUGACUUCCUGGUACAUUUUUAUCUGGUCAUGCACAUUGGCUUAACCAGUAAAGACCAGGAUGUUUUAAAUACUGUCAUCAGGCACUGCCCGCCCUGCUUUUUCUUCUUGGGCUUACCUGGCUUCACAUUGCUGAUAGGAGACUUCAUAACAGCUGCAACCAGAGUGCUGAGUACAAACAUGUUGGAAGCUCCACGCUUAGAAGCUCAUACCAUUCUUGGUUCUCUGGUUUGCUUUCCAAAUCUCUAUCGAGAAAUCUCACUGUUGCAACCUGUUGCUGAAGCAGAAAUCAUCACAGGAACUGUUGAUGUCAAAAGCUACCUCAUAAAUAUUAUUUUGAAGAACGCCACAGAGGAACCAAGUGAAGCUGCGAGGUGCUUAGCUCUUUGCUGUCUUGGGCUUUGGAUAUGUGAAGAAUUAAUGCAAUGUACAAAUCACCCUCAAGUGAAGGAUGCAAUAAAUGUUUUAGGUGUGACACUGAAGUUUUUUAACAAGCAGAUUGCUCAGAUAGCUUGUGAUGUCUUUCAACUGCUGACAUCUUACUGGGAAAAACUUCACAAAUAUGAACCUUCUCUGCCAAGAAAAAUGAUUGAAAUCAUUGUUGCCACGAUUGCAUUUCUGUUGCCUAGUGCAGAGUAUUCCUCUGUGGAAAGUGAUAAGAAGUUUAUAGUUUCAUUAUUACUUUGCUUAUUGGAUUGGUGCAUGACAUUGCCACUCAAAAUGCUGUUGGAGCCUGUAUUUACAUCUGGUCUUGAAGAUCAAAACUUUUCUAAUGCUCCACUGCUUGAUUACAUCUAUAGGGUUCUCCACAGUUGUGUUCAUGGCUCAAGCACAUAUACCCAGCAAAGCCAUUAUCUGUUAAGCCUCGCCGACCUUUCCAGUGACAAUUAUGAUCCAUUUUUGCCACUAGGAAAUGUCAGGAAUUCGGAACCCCUGCAGUUUCAGUCUUCUGCAGAUUUGAGUAAUUUGCUCACUGUUGCUGAAGAAAGGAGGCGGAGAAGUUUGGAGUUAAUACCUUUAACUGCACGGAUGAUUAUGGCACAUCUAGUAAACCAUUUGGGGCAUUAUCCCCUCAGUGGAGGACCUGCUGUUCUUCAUAGCCUUCUCAGUGAAAAUCACAACAACUCUUAUGUGGAAUCUUCUGAAUUGUCUUCGGAAGUCUUCAGAAGCCCAAACUUGCAGCUCUUUGUAUUUAAUGAUAGUACUCUUAUAUCUUACCUUCAGAUUCCUUCAGAAAGGGUGGUAGAUGACGAAACAGCAAGAAUCUUCUCAGAAGUAAGAGUAAUUGUUAGGGAUAUUUCAGGGAAGUACUCAUGGGAUGGAAGGCUAAUGCAUGGACCAUUACCUGGUUAUCUUCCAUGUCAAAGUAAACAAAACUCCGCUACUGCUUGGCACAAUCAUAAACAGAAGUUUGAGUCUCCAACAGACUUCAUUCAAAUAUAUGAAGGAGAAGAUGCACUUGAUAAGUUACUGACAAGGAUUGGUAACAGUAGCCCUGAGUGCCUUUUACAUCCUCAGCUCAGACUAAAUGAGCCUUCGCCGUCACCCUGCAUCAUGAGCCGUGACCAAGAGAAUGAGAUCUUAGAAGCAAUAAUGCAACAGAGUUGCAUAGAAAGUGAACAUGGGUGCACUUUGAAUCUCAGGAUGAAAGUGGAAAGUCAGGCGGCACCAUGGCCUGCUCAGCCCCGAGCACCCUUUCACUUGUGUAGGCUCUUGCUAAAUGAUUUAGGAAUGAACUCCUGGGAUAAAAGAAAAAGUUUUCAUCUAUUGAAGAAAAACUCAAAACUGUUGAGAGAGCUGAAAAAUUUAGACUCCAGGCAAUGCCGUGAAACUCACAAGAUUGCAGUAUUUUACAUUGCUGAAGGACAAGAAGACAAAUGUUCCAUUUUGUCCAAUCCAAGAGGAAGCCAAGCUUAUGAAGAUUUUGUUGCUGGGCUAGGUUGGGAGGUUGAACUUUCAACUCACUGUGGAUUUAUGGGUGGCCUUCAGCGCAACGGCAGCACGGGACAAACGGCACCUUAUUACGCUAGUUCAACUGUGGAAGUGAUUUUCCACGUGUGUACACGCAUGCCCUCCGAUUCUGAUGAUUCAUUGACCAAAAAGCUUCGUCACUUGGGAAAUGAUGAAGUUCACGUCAUCUGGUCUGAACACACCAGGAAUUAUCGCAGAGGCAUCAUACCAACAAAUUUUGGAGACGUUUUAAUUGUUAUUUAUCCAAUGAAGAAUCACAUGUUUUUCAUAGAGAUCAUGAAGAAACCAGAGGUGCCAUUUUUUGGUCCUUUAUUUGAUGGAGCUAUAGUAACUGCAGAGUUGCUGCCAAAUCUUAUACGUGCCACUUGCAUCAAUGCCAGCAGAGCCGUGAAGUCUCUUAUAACUCUCUUUCAGAGCUUUUAUGAAGAAAGAGCUCUGUAUCUUGAAGCAAUAAUCCAGAAUCACAAAGAAGUAAUGACGUUUGAGGAUUUUGCUGCUCAGGUCUUCUCUCCCACUCCUACUUACUCCCUCAGCGGAUGUGGCUGUCUCACUACAAGCUUGAGUGCUGAUCUCACACCGGUGGUGGGGACGGAGCUGGCAGAGCCAAUGUCGCCAACGCUACCAAGUGCUACAAAAAGCAGGCUGCCUGGGAAGUUGCGCCGCUCUGCCAGUGCGCUCAGCAAAUCUGCAACUUAAAGCACUUUCAAGGCGGAAGACCAUUUCCUUUCCAAGUCUCCCUUUAUAUUAACUCUAUUAGUGUAUGGAUAGAACUGGUAACUGCAUAAUGAAGUACUUUUUGCUGUCAAAUCAUCAUUCCUUAAAUUUUCAUGUUGAUUUCCUGAAGAACGCAACAUGUAUUUAACUGGGAACUUCUGGUACAGAGACAAUGAAGGCAAACUUAAGAUUGUGAUCAGCAAGUUCACUAUUUAAUUGUGAUAAAUUACUUUCCUUCUUGAGUUACUGUACUUGCAAUUGCACAUCACAGGAAAAGGAUGUAGACUGAGACCCCACUUUCUAAUUUCCUGACACUGAUAUUUAUAAUGCCAUUAUAAUUAAAAUGUAGUAUCUGAUGUUAGGUGAAAGCUUCACUUAAGAAAGGGAGGGCUCAAUUUAGCAAAGUGAAACACUUUCCAAGUCCCACUAAUGUCAGUGGGAGAGAUAAGGGCAUGCUUAAUUUUCUUCUAUUGAAAUAAAUGCAGUGUAAAAGUGCUUCACUUUGGGCAGAUGCUGUCCCUGUUUUUUUUAAAGUACGAAUGAAAAACGUACUCUUUUCAGUUCCUCGUCAAACAUGUUAUUUUUUCCCCAUUCUUGUGUACGUAACUAAUGCUUAAACAUAUGGGAACAUGCAAAUAGUUCCAUUACACAACAAGAAUUAGAUUUGCUUGGUUAAUUUUAUUUUCUGUACAAAACAUGCCUUACUAUGUCAGGAAGAAUGUCUCUCCAUUUAAAAUAAAUAUAGCCCAUGCCGGCAUAUUAGAGGCCCAGCCUUGGAGCAACUCUUUGUCAUUUGUUAUGUUGUAAAAGCAAGUUUCUACCUAGUUAGCUGCUACAAUCUGGUUUAAUCAUGCCUCUCAAGCACUUGUCACUUUUAAUACAUUUAGCAUGACUACUCCGUUGAAACAUGAAAAAUAUGAAACACAUUAAAGCAUUCAAAGAGCACUCAGGGAUUAUGACGAAAAGGCACAGAUGCCCCUUCUUUUUUUAAGAGGAAGCAUUGCACCAGUAAGAAGAGAAAAUACACACACGCACGUGCUUCAGUUUCUCCACGCCCACAAGGGUGGGGAGGAGGCAUGGGUGCAGGAGGCUGUCUUCCAUGUGCAAUUUGCUCCUGGAGCCAUUUGAAAAUCCGCCCCAUGCAUAACAGGGGCUGAUUCAGUGACAUCUGAAAGCGUGUUUUGUCUGUCUGCAACGGUGUGCCCAAAAUUGCAGCCUCUUAGGAGUUUCUGAGCCCCCUCGCAUGUUACCAUAGCAGACUGGAAUCUGCUUCGCUACAGCUUCUUCCUUCACUGCAGCGUUAAUGUUCGAAAAGACUGAAAUUAUGGAGGUGGGAUCCCUGUCACUUUGGUCAUUCUCGGCUGACCGCUGGACAACUGAAAGGAUCCAUGCAGCUGACUCCACCACCCACAAGGCGUUCCAGGCUUCCAAGCACUCUUGCAGUGGCUUAGAAAGAAGCUAAGAAGAGCAUCCCCCCCCCUUUUUUUUUUUGCAGAUGUUUAUACCAAGCUUGUCUGCUGUAGGUUGUGGUUUUCAGCCCAAUUUCUAAAGCAAUAAAUUACGUUUUGUAACUGUUUUAUAGUUGGAAACACUGUACCGUAGAAAGUACUUCCAAGUUAACAGAGGUUUGUUUGUUUGUUUGUUUUUGUAAUUUGGAGUACUUGUUGGGAAAAUCUAACAAGUACUGUGGUUUGAUGAACAGCUGUAGCAUGAUUCCAAUGACUACUUUUAACUAUGUAGACACAGUAUCCUUUGUGUGUAUAUAUAUUGAAGCCCUUGGGAAGUGUAUUUAUUAUUGUUACCCUUUCGCAACAUAAACAUUACCCAAGUAUUUUGCACACCCAAAACCACUCCAAAGGGGAAGAUGGGUUUUAUUUUUUUUUACAAACCACUGCCCAACAAAGAUGCAAAUAUGGGUUGAAAUUUGGCUUAAAUGAGUAGCUUCCCCCCAGAUCCUCCCCAGAUGCCCAGAGGUGCAUUAUAAUUUGAUGCAAUAAAAGCAACAAUAUUUCGGAACAACUAUGUCAGGAAGUGGCAGUGUGAGAAAUGUUUUUUUUAAGCCAAGGGUGGCUCCAGUGCCACCUACAGUAAACUCCCUAACACAGAACUGCAUGCAACAGUUCUAAUUCAUGCUGCUAGGAUACGCUCACGGCAAACUCACAGUCAGGGUCCCGUCUCAUCAUUAGCUAUCCUCAGUCAACUGCUGCCAGUUCAACAGCUAUGUCCUAUCGAGUUAUGUGUGGUGUCCUACUCCUGGGGCUAAACCUAAAUUAUGUGUUAAAAGUUUUGAGGCUUGAGCUGUAAGAUUGAUUUUCUUGGCAAUUAACCGGGAAAGGGUAAAAAUUUGCAUCUUAUUCCUGUGAAGUUUCUUUGGUCUCUCAGGUCUACUUAAAACAGCCACUGUGUCUGAAGUAGAAUUUGUUGAUUUUUUUCCUCAUGAUUUCUUUUUGAAAAUGCAGUCUUAAAUGGUAGUAUGUGACGUUCAUAUGUGUAUCCUAAUUUGUAAGGAUUCCUUUUCCUAUAUGCCCCAGUGGCAGCAACUGGUUUUUUAAAAAAAUCUUAAACCCUGUGAAUAUAGUUAGUGACUAUCUGUUUUCGUGUAUGCAAUUAUUUAUUUUUUGAAAGCUACUGAUGGUAACAUUUCUGAGUAGUUAAUACACCAAAUGGGUUGGGGGGGGGACGCACAGAACUGCAGGAGAGAGGAAUAAUUUGGGAAUCUCCACUCCUCAAAAUCCACCCCUUCUGGAAUCUCUCUCGGCCCUGAAUGAGCCCCCACCCCACCCGUUCCCCCCUUUUGACGGACUCUCAAGUGCUCUCAACAUUCCGUGCUCCUAGAUUGAGGGAUUUCUUCGUCUUUUUCUUUUGGUGAACUUAAUUUACAACGGUAUAUUUCCACACACCAAAAUGCACAGAGACCCCUGUCAGGUCUGUGGGUGGCCAGUUUUUGCUUUUUUUGCACUUGGCACAUAAGCCACCUGCUUCAUUUAUUAGACAUAGCAAUUAGUAAUAAAAUUAGCUUGCAACUAGAAAAAAGCAAAUGUUUUGCCACCAAGGAAUUUACUUUGUGAGCCAUUGUCUGUCUAAAUUAGAAACUCAGCCUUGGUCUGAUCAGAUGAAAUUCAUGUUUUUCCAGUGAGAUGCAGGCAACCUGUGGCUGCUUGCCAUUAGCCCUCUGAUUUCUGUGUUCAUUGUGACUUUCUGGUUGUGCCUUUAUAGUGAAUUAGGAAAGUAAACCAUGUGUUCUGCAUACCUUGUUGAUGUGUAUGAUUUUUUUGUUCAUUGCCUGGAAGGAGGAAGACUGGAUUUAAUGAGUAAUAAAAUCUGUCAUUUAUAUG